AUGGAAGACGACCAAGAUCAAGUUAUUUAUAGCAAUGCUGACGGAGAUUAUAAUCGAUCAUUGAAUAUGAAUGCUCGAAUAACUAAUGGUCACUCAUCACAUCCAUAUACUUCAUAUGGUAGUACCGGUCCAGAACAAUUUUCAUGUUAUUAUUGUGAAAGAAAUUUAUCUGGCUCACGAUAUAUACUUAAAGAUGAACAUCCAUAUUGUAUUAAAUGUUAUGAAGAUCGUUUUGCUAAUACAUGUGAAGAAUGUCGACGAAAAAUUGGUACUGAUUCAAAAGAUCUUUCAUAUAAAGAUCGUCAUUGGCAUGAAAAAUGUUUUUUUUGUUCAAUGUGUAAAACACCACUUAUUGAUAAACCAUUUGGUUGUAAAAAUGAACAACUUUAUUGUGGUGAAUGUUAUAAUCAACAAUUUGCUUCACGUUGCGAUAAAUGUAAUCAAAUAUUUAAACCAGGAACUAAAAAACUUGAAUAUCGUGGACAACAAUUUCAUGAACAUUGCUUUACUUGUGUUGCAUGUUCACAACCUAUUGGAACAAAAAGUUUUAUUCCAAAAGAUCAAAAAAGUUAUUGUGUUCCAUGUUAUGAAGAAAAUUUUGCAACGAAAUGUACUCGUUGCCUUAAGGUUAUUGCCCAAGGCGGUGUUACGUACAAAAAUCAACCAUGGCAUCGUGAAUGUUUUACUUGUACACAUUGUAAAAAUUCAUUAGCUGGUCAACGAUUUACAUCACGAGAUGAUCAUCCUUAUUGUGCUGAUUGUUUUGCUCGUCUUUUUGCUAAAAAAUGUUUUGCAUGCAGUAAACCAAUAACUGGUGUUGGUGGUACACGUUAUAUAUCAUUUGAAGAUCGUCAUUGGCAUAAUGAUUGUUUUGUAUGUCAACGUUGUCGAAGUUCACUUGUUGGCCGAGGUUUUCUUACUGAUGGUCCUGAAAUUCUUUGUCCUGAUUGUGGUAAACGAGACCAAUACAAUACAACAGAAAAUAGUGGUUUUAGUGGUGGACAACGUAGUAUUGUUAAUAACUAUCCUAAAACAAAUUAA